AGAGGGGGUGACUUCACUCGUUGGGGCAGGGGGAUGGGCUAGAAGACCUCCAAUGCCCCUUGCCAGCUCUAUUCUGAUUGGUUGAUCCUUAAACCCCGUUCCUUCCCGGCCGAAACACGGCAGGGUCCUUGAGAUGCACCCCGAGGGCAUCUAGAAGGGCCCCCCUCUCUUUAAACCCCGCUCCUUCCUGGCUGAAAAGCAGGGUCUUUGAGAGGCACCCCGGGGGCAUCUAGAAGCCCCCCUCUCUUUAAACCCCACUCCUUCCUGGCAGACAAGCAGGGUCCUUGAGAGGCACCCCGAGGGCAUCUAGAAGCCCCCUCUCUCUUUAAACCCCCGCUCCUUCCUGGCUGAGAAGCAGGGUCUUUGAGAGGCACCCCGGGGGCAUCUAGACUAGAGGGAGCGCCCUCUCUUCUUAAACCCCGCUCCUUCCUGGCUGAAAAGCAAGGUCUUUGAGAGGCACCCCGAGGGCGUCUAGAAGCCCCCUCUCUCUUUAAACCCCGCUCCUUCCUGGCUGAAAAGCAGGGUCUUUGAGGUGCACCCUGAGUGCAUCUAGACUAGAAGGAGGCCCCUCUCUCCUUAAACCCCACUCCUUCCUGGCCGAAACUCAGGAGGUUCCUUGAGAGGCACCCCGAGGGCAUCUAGAAGCCCCCCUCUCUUUAAACCCCACUCCUUCCUGGCUGAAAAGCAGUGUCCUUGAGAGGCACCCCGAGGGCAUCUAGACUAGAGGGAGCCCCCUCUCUUCUUAAACCCCGCUCCUUCCUGGCUGAAAAGCAAGGUCUUUGAGAGGCACCCCGAGGGCAUCUAGAGCCCCCUCUCUUCAACCCCCCCUCCUUCCUGGCCGAAACUCAGCAGAGGGGUUUGGGGGGAGCAGCUGAGGACCCCCCCUUUUUAACCAGGCGGGUGGGGGGUGGAAGAAGAGCCUGCUAGAGGAGGGGCGCCUGCAAAUGGGGGGGGAGAGGGGAGGGGGCGUUGGAGGAGGAUCCCCCCUGCCCAGCCAGCCCAGUUCCGCCCCGCAAGGCGGAGCCGGCGGCGAUCAGCUGAGCCUCCCGUCCGAGUCAGCAGCGGGCGGGGCUCCGGCUUAGCCGCCGGUCGCGAAGAAAAGAGGCAGCCCAAAACAACAACCCGCAACCUCGCAAAGCCUCCCCGGGCAAUCCGGCUGCGUAUCCGGAGUGUCCCCCCCCCCCAACACCCCACAAGGCAGGAGGGAGUGAGAGGAGCUGCCGGGGAGGGGGGAUCGCGGACCCCCCACCCGCCAAAGGGCCGGUUCCCAGUUCACUAUGGGAAGGCCUGUUUUGCAUUCCCAGUGACUCCCAGUGGCUCAUUCCCUUGCCUGAGGCCGGCCAUGUUUGCUCAUCCGCACAAGUUCAGCUUUUCCAGGGGGAACGCCUCGGAUUGCGUCAACGGUUCGGAGUGGAUCUUGUCCGUCUUCCAUGAGUGCGCUCAGGAUGGCUGGGACAUCACCAGCGUGGUGCUGGGCCUGGUCUCCAUUGCCUGCUUUGCUGGGGCUUCCUUCCCUCAGUUCUACCUGGCCUGUAAAACUGGCAUCAUGGACCAAGCCCUGUCUGUUUACUUCCUUCUGGGAUGGCUCGGAGGUGACUCGCUGAACUUAGUGGGGUCUUUCUUGGCGGAUCAGCUGCCACUACAGGUAUACACCGCCAUUUACUACGUGGUGGCCGAUUUGCUCAUGAUCUCUCUCUACGUCUACUACAAAGUCAAGAAUCAAAACAGAGUCCUUUCCGCUUCAAUCAACGCCGUCUUCGCCUGCACCGUCCUGGGAGCGACGUUGACGCCUGCCUGGCAGGGGGGGCCUGCCUCUCCUCACCUGGGGGACGGAAGGAUGUUCAAAAGCAGGAAACUUUUAUCCUCUGCGGACUCUCCGCCAGGCUGGGAGCCUUUCACCCAGAAGGAGAUCUGCGGCUUUGUGAUCGGAUCCACUUCGUCAGUGCUCUACCUGCUUUCUCGGGUCCCUCAGAUCUACACCAAUUUCAAGAGGAAAUGCACUACCGAAAUCUCUUAUUCUCUCUUCGCUCUGGUCAUGCUGGGAAAUACACUUUAUGGUCUCAGCGUCUUAAUGAAAAACCCGGAUCCGGGGCAGUCGGAAGCCAGUUACGUGAUCCACCACUUGCCCUGGCUGGUUGGCAGCUUGGGGGUUCUGUCCCUCGACGUCGUGAUUUCGUUCCAAUUCCUGGCCUAUCGUCGGAGGAAGCUGCCAGUCCUGGAAGAGAGAGAUGCUCUUUUGGGCAGAGAAGAGGACUCUGUGGAAAGCUGAACGACGCCAGGAUCGGGGCGUGGCUGCGUUGGGAUUCCAGCAGUGGGUUUUUUGGGACUCUUCGAUAAAAGACCUGGCCUUUCUCUCUAGGACUCUAGAAAAAAACACCUUAAGAGAGAUCCUUUCCUACCUCUCAAUUCAUGGAAAAAUGAACAUUGAAACAUGAAGACUUUGUUCUGCGUUGACAGCAAACUUUUAUCGAUGACAUUUCCCCCGCCUCACCUCGGAUUCCUCCAAAGGGAAAACUCUUAAUUCAUGAAAAAGAAGUGGUUUUUUUUGGGGGGGGGGGAAUGCACAGCAGCCGGCUGCCUGGACCUCCUUGAGGCUUGAAGAGUCAGAGGAGGGCUGGG